AAGCUCCCGUCACCCAGAUAUUUUAAGAAAGGAAUGAGGUGGGAACCAGAUAUCUACGUGGAUCGUCAAUUUCUACCACACUGCAAAGUCACACUUUCAAAUUUUCUCGCUUUCAAGUCCCAACCUCCAAAUGGUUGUAGUUGCAUUAUCCUCCUCUCUUCCCGUCGGGAGAAACCUCUUCUCUUCCUUACCAUCAACGCCGCCACCCGCCGACCGCACUCCUGCAGUCUCUGCCACUCCACCACCGCCAAUCCCCGUCCCCAAGUAUCCCCCGCCCCGCAAAUCCCAAAACCCUCCUCCUCAACCCCCGACCCCGAAUCCCGGCCUCAAAUACCACCGCCACUCCAAGUAUCACAAGCCCGUGCCACACGAUGGCGUAGUCGUCUCCGACGACGCGGACCGGUCCGUCAUUAUUGGUGAGUCCGGCGUGUCGUACCUGCUCCCCGGUGCACCGUUCGAGUUCCAGUUUAGCUACUCGGAGACGCCGAAGACAAAGCCGAUAGCGAUUCGGGAGCCGGCGUUUCUUCCGUUCGCGCCGCCCACGAUGCCGCGGCCGUGGACGGGGAAGGCGCCGCUGAAGAGCAAAAAGAAGAAGAUUCCGUUGUUCGACUCGUUCAAUCCUCCACCGCCUGGCACGAAGGGCGUGAAGCACGUGGAAAUGCCGGGGCCGUUUCCAUUGGGGCAGUUCCCGAAGGAGGGUAAGACGAGGGAAGAGAUUCUCGGGGAGCCUCUGAAGAGGUGGGAGAUACAAAUGCUUGUUAAGCCGAUGAUGUCGGAUAAUCGGCAGGUUAAUCUUGGAAGGGAUGGAUUAACGCAUAACAUGCUGGAAUUGGUACAUUCACAUUGGAAGCGUAGCCGUGUCUGUAAAAUUCGUUGUUUAGGUGUUCCAACUGUUGAUAUGGAUAAUGUGUGUCAUCAUAUUGAGGAGAAAACAGGGGGGAAAAUAAUCCAUCGAGCUGGUGGUGUAGUGUACCUUUUCCGUGGCAGAAAUUACAACUAUAGAACUCGUCCACAGUAUCCAGUGAUGCUCUGGAAGCCAGCUGCUCCUGUUUACCCAAAACUUAUAGAAGAUGCUCCAGGAGGAUUAACAAAAGCUGAAGCUGAUGAAUUACGGAUGAAGGGAAAAAGCCUUUUACCAAUUUGUAAAUUAGCAAAAAAUGGAGUAUAUACAUCCCUUGUAAAGGAUGUCAGAGAUGCUUUUGAAGGAAGUAUUUUGGUGAAAGUUAACUGCAAGGGAUUGGAUCCUAGUGAUUACAAGAAAAUUGGUGCCAAACUCAAGGAUUUGGUACCUUGUGUGCUGUUGUCUUUUGAUGACGAACAGAUAUUGAUGUGGAGGGGCAAAGAUUGGAAAUCAAGGUACCAGCAACCUGUUCCAGUUUUUACACCUUCAAAAGCUGGUUUUAUAGGGAAUCCAGAAAAUUCAGGUGAGACGGAUGACAACCAAACUAAUCAUGGCGACAACAAUGUGGUGAACACAAGUCCAAAAAUGUUAUCUCUGUGGAAGCAUGCAAUUGAAUCUAGCAAAGCUUUGCUGGUGGAUGAAUAUGAUCUUGGUCCUGAUUGUUUGUUGAAGAGGGUAGAGGAAUUUGAGAUUGCUUCACAGGCGUUGGAGCACUCUCAUCCAGCAUUUAGCAUGUCAGUCAAAGAAAAUGACCCAGAAGCUUCAACUGCAAACUUUGAAAAUAGUUAUUCUAGUGACGACUUUCCUGCGGAUGAAGAAGAUUAUGAUGACUACCAUGAAGAUGAAGACGAUAAUGUAGUGGACACAUCAGCUCAACCCGGAUCAUUAGGCAUUGAUAGGAUUGUCAAAAAUCUAAAACAAAGGCCAUUUGAGUAAAUACUUAAUUCAACAUUAAAAAUGGUAAUUUCAAAAGUAUUUGAAUUGAGAAAAAUAGCAUGCUUAAAAUAUUAAAUUGAGUAAAAAAAGAAAUUACUUAU